AAGCGCUUUGGCCGCGGGACCAGGCGCUAGGCUCCUGGCCCGGCCCGGGGGCGCGGCGCGCCCAUGGGCAGCGCCGAGAACCGCAGCGACGGCUCGGAGGGCGCGGGGGAGCCGCCGUGGGCCGAGCUGCUGCCUUGCGACGAGCGCCGUUGCUCGCCCUUCCCCCUGGGGGCGCUGGUGCCAGUGACCGCCGUGUGCCUGGGCCUGUUCGCCGUCGGGGUGAGCGGCAACGCGAUGACGGUGCUGCUGAUCGGGCGCUACCGGGACAUGCGGACCACCACCAACUUGUACCUGGGCAGCAUGGCCAUGUCCGACCUGCUCAUCCUGCUCGGGCUCCCCUUCGACCUGUACCGCCUCUGGCGCUCCCGACCCUGGGUGUUCGGGACGCUGCUCUGCCGCCUCUCGCUCUACGUGGGCGAGGGCUGCACCUACGCCACGCUGCUGCACAUGACGGCGCUCAGCCUCGAGCGCUACCUCGCCAUCUGUCGCCCGCUCCGGGCCCGCGUCCUCGUCACCAGCCGCCGGCUCUGGGCCGUGGCGCCGCUCUCCGCCGGGCCCUUCUUCUUUCUGGUGGGCGUCGAGCAGGACCCCGGCCGCUACGCGGUCCAGGACCUUAACGGCACCGCGCAGCUCGCCCCCUCGCCCCGCGCCUCGCCGCCACCGCCACUCCUCGGGUCCUCGCGGGCGCCACCGCUGUCCCCGCCGUCGGGCCCCGAGGCGGCGGCGGCCGCGGCGCUGUUCAGCCGGGAGUGCCGGCCGAGCCCGGCGCAGCGGAGCGCGUUGCGCAUCAUGCUGUGGGUCACCACCGCCUACUUCUUCCUGCCCUUCCUGUGCCUCAGCGUCCUCUACGGGCUCAUCGGGCGGGAGCUGUGGAGGAGCCGCGGGCCGCUGCGAGGCCCGGCCAUCUCCACUCGGGAGAAGGGACACCAGCAGACGGUCCGCGUCCUGCUGGUGGUGGUUCUGGCGUUUAUAGUUUGCUGGCUGCCUUUCCACGUUGGCAGAAUCAUUUACAUAAAUACCAAAGAUUCCCGGAUGAUGUACUUCUCUCAGUACUUUAACAUUGUUGCCCUGCAACUUUUCUAUCUGAGCGCCCCCAUCCUCUACAACCUCAUUUCAAAGAAGUAUAGAGCAGCGGCCUGGAAACUGCUGCUAGCCAAGCGGUCCAGACAGAGAGGUUUCUGCAGAAGCAGGGAGGCUGAAGGGGACCCUGGAGGAGACACGGUUGGCUGCACUGAGACCAGCGCUAAUGUACAGACACGGGCAACCAGCACGGCCAAACACAGCGCCUCAUCCCAUAGCUCUGGGACUUAAGGGAAAACAGGUCUGCACGAAGAAAAGAACUGCGAGAGGGGAACCGAUGCUGUUAGGGAGAAUUAGAAAGAGUGGCUGACAUUUUGCAAGUUGGUCAGCAACUUAGCAUGAUUUUUUUUUUUUUUAAACAAAGGUAUGAAAUGUAACUGUACCUACCAGUCUCUCUGGUUUUCCUUUCAUGUACCCCCUUGGGGACGUUCAUUUUAUCCUCCUGAAAUCCCACAUCACAAAAUGUUCUCUGGGGAGGCUUUGUAAGUCCUCAUUCUUCGGCUCUGGGGAAAUAUGACCACUCAUUUUCCAGUUAACAAGUGAUCCAGAGAGAUGCUGCCGUAAAAAUUGUCACCUGUGAGGUCAGAGGUGUAUCUUGUUUUAUGUUUUGGAUAUAAAUGUGAUGGUGCAUCUACAAGGAAUCCAGGAUAAUGAGAGUUUUAAUCCAAGAAAUUACUUAAUGCUUAUAUAUGGCAGCAAAAAAUGUUUAGAAACAAGUGAAAGGAAUUCUGGGUAGAGUCCAGUGUUCAGGGGUCCCGCCUCUCUCAGGCUCAGAGCAAAUCAUUAAGUUUAGGCACAGUACCCUCUUUCAGAACCUGGGUACGGAAGCCUGAGGGCAGGGAGCUGCAGCAGGAUGUGGCUUCCACAAAGCGACUGUUGAUCACAUAGAUAAGAGCUUUAACACGCCUUAUUCGCCUCAGCUUGGUGGGAUAAGCAAUGAUGGAACCAAGUCUGGGGUCUGAACUCUUAAGAGCCUUACCCUCUCCCACCCCGAGAAGCUGCACUAACAGAAAGAACGAGAGUCAAUGGAUGUACUCAAGGGUGAGAGAGACUGUGCUGGACAUUCUGGCCAACAACUCUGUAACUUUGUUUUAGUUUUUACAGCUUAAAUCAUAAACCUGUUUUUGGAGGGCUGCUGCUGCCUCGCUGGACUCCAAAGGGCCUCAGUCAAGCCAGGGUCUUAUGAAUGGCGCCCCCUGGAGGUAGGCAGGAUACAACUAGGUCAGCUGUAAACUACAAAUGGUGACUCCAUAAACAAGGGUCCGCUCCACAUGCUGACAAGGUCCUGUUGCUUUUUCAUGUGAUUGACUAUGUACAGUGAUGCCUUCAAGUCCCCUUGAAGUGUCCUAACACCCUGGCCCUGCCCUCAACUGGUGUGGCAGUGAAGAAGUCCCCCGGCUACACUGUGUUUCUUCCAACUUGGGGCAGUGGUCCCUAAAUUGUGUUCUGCAGAUUUUCAGGGAGUAUUUGAAAAUAGGAUUCUGUGGUCAAAUAUGGCAGAAGAACAGUGCAUGCUGUACCCACCUUUCCAAGAGUCACAACACAAAAUAUCCCGUCAGAGGCUCUGAGAAGUUGUUGCUGGGGACACUGAUGGAGGGUCUCACGGUGCAGGUGCCAGCCUUGUGCCACAGCCACUCCCCUGCUUGGUGGCACUAAGUGGGGACGUGCUGGGGAUGCAACCACACAGUCUUUCUUCUCUCGGGAGUUCCUCUCUGGGACAGUCAGAAGCGGCUUCUUCCCUGUG